GAGCAAUCGUCGAUUUAGAAGAAGAAGAAGAAGAAGAAGCAGAAGAAAACAAACGUUUUGACUGUGGUUGAUUGUAAAUCCAAACGCUUUACACGUUUAAUAUAGACGAUCAUGUUACAGGUUAUGCGCCAUAUUCUCAACCUAUUAAUUAAAUAAGAAUAGUCAGCAGUGUAUCCUCUGCAGAAAUACGCAAAUCUGAUCUGAAUCAGGCUGAAACCUUUUCUGGAUUAUCGGCAUUCUAGUGUGUUUAUUUUUGUUCAUGUCUGUGGAGGUUGGCUGCUUGUCUUUUAGACAGCCGUACGCAGGUCUCGUGUUAAAUGGCGUGAAAUCUGUAGAGACACGUUGGCGGCCCCUGCUGGUCGAGAUGAAGAACUGUACCCUGGCGAUCCACAUAGCACAGAAGGACUGGGAAGGAGACGACUGGAGAAAUAUCCUGACGGAGAAAUGUGCAAUGAAACAUUCUGAAGUAGAAAAACUUCUGGAAUCCGGGGAACGAUUCGGCCGUGGUGUUGUGGCAGGUCUGGUGAAUGUUGGGGAAACGUGGUUAUGUUCUGAAGAUGUCCCACUAGAGCAGAUGAGAGAGUUGGAAAAAGCUGCUUGCCUGACUGGACUUUCCCAAAAAUACCUCACGAAACUGUCCUGUCCGCGCUGGCUCACAAAACCACUGUACUCCAAAGGACAUAAAGACAUGUGGAUGGUAAAGAUCCCAGCACAUCUGCUACCAUCUGAUCCUGUGGUUGAUGUAUUAUAGAAUGCAGUCAAUGUACUUUCAUACAAGCACAUCUGUGAUCGACAUCUGUGAUCGACUGUAACCUUUUAACAGCCAUUUUUCUUAUUCACUGACACCAAAUAUUCAUUUACUUGCAAUAUUUAAAAGGAUGAAUGUAUAUUAAAGAAUAAAAAACGCAAUGUGUUGCAAAUAAAAAAGUAAAAAACG